AUGGGAAUCGAGGACGUCUACCACGAAAUCAGUCAUUUCCAGGUUCUGCGUCGACCACCACCGCUAAAGUCUGACCUGGCACGGAGGAACCAGAAUAAAUAUUGUCGGUUUCACGGCGAGAACGGGCACACUACGGCCGAGUGCUAUGACCUCAGGGACGAGGUCGAGAGGUUGAUCCGAGAAGGGAGGCUCGGUGAAUACCGAGCCGACCGUCGAAACAAUAACAACAGGCGCAAUAGCGACCGGCGAGACGAGCCGAGGCAUGAUAACCCGCCCGAACCAGUCGGAGUAAUAAGGACGAUCUUCGGCGGGCCAUACCUCGGAGGUACCUCUCGACGCGCACAGAAAGAGUACGCCCGAGAGGCGAAGGAGAAGUUCAGCCAAAGGAUCAUGAACGUCUCCGGACACGAGGCUAAGGCCGCGCGAUAUGAUGACGCCGAGAUCACCUUCUCGGAAGUCGACGCGAGGGGGGUACAUUUCCCCCAGAGCGACGCCCUGGUCGUCGAGGCCAUGAUCGGUAACCAUAUCAUGGUCGACAACGGUAGUUCCGUGGACAUUUUGUACGCAGACUGCCUUGACAAGAUGGGGAUUCCUCGCUCAAGGCUGCAGAACAGCGCCCAACCCCUGUACGGUUUCACGGGGGACAGCGUCGUCACGGAAGGGGCCAUCGAACUGCCCAUGACCAUUGGAGACCGACCACACACCUCGACUGUUAUGUUAAAGUUCCUGGUGGUAAAGGGAGGCGACCAAUACAACGCGGUCAUAGGAUGCCCGACCUUGAGGACCUUGCGGGCGGUAACGUCCAUUUACCAUCAGAUGAUGAAGUUCCCCACGCCAAACGGGACCGGCAAGGGCAGAGGCAACUAG